AGGCCACCAGAAGUGACGACACAUUUUAUGGCUCCCUCAGUCAUCGCCAUUGCUACAUGUCACGAAUUAUUGUUAUUUAUGUAGCGUUUAAACCUUAUCAUCACAAACCAUGAGUUCUCCGGGUGAGAAACAUGGCACUAAACGACCGGCGUCCUCCAACGAAGAGGAGUCGACCCAGUGGGCGUCCGCUGACCUGGGAAGUGACGAAAGGAAGCAGAAGUUUCUCCGGCUGAUGGGUGCCUCCAAGAAAGAACACACUGGACGUCUCGUCAUUGGCGACCACAAGUCCACAUCACACUUGCGCAGUGGGACGGAGGACGAGCAAAUCAGCGAUUGUCUGGAGAUGCAGUAUCAACGCGGGAUGGACGAGAAGCUGUCCGGACGCGACCGGCGACACUGCGGACUCGGCUUUCGCGAACCCGUCCCGCCUGCAAAGACUCAGAACUUGGACACACCCGAGACGCCCACCAGCGAGUCCAAAGAACCCGAGGAUAAAGUCUGUGACACAAAACCGACGGACACCACGAUGGAAAAGGACAAAAGCAUCCCGGAAAAAAGCGGGAACACCGAACAGAAAAACGUGUACAAAAAGUCUUUUGUCAAGUCAUCAUAGGAGUGAUUGAAGAAUCCCCCCCCCCCCCCCCACCCCCACAUCCACUUUUUACAGUGUAUGUAAUUCAUUUUUUGUAGCGUGUCCUAGUAUCACUCACUCGUUUUGAUUAAAAAAGACAAACAAUGGGUUUCCCCCUUGUAUUUGUUUAUUUUGUCAAGUGAACUUGUCAUCCUUGUUAGUAGUAAAUACAUUGUGUGGCCACUAGGUGAUGCUACAAGCUGGUCCACAAACAAUUUCACAAUAAUAAACAAUAAAACUGUUUUUC